AUGAUUGGUUUGGACCAAAUCCUUAGCAAAUCUUCGUCCCUAAUCACAGGAGGCUGCAAAAUAGCCUGGAAGCACAUUGGCUAUGUGAUUGACUACAAGAAGAACAUUGAAAAUCUCCUAAACGAAACCGAAAAAUUUGAAAAUGAGCUAACAAGGAUCGAUGGAAGGGUCGAGAGAGCCAAACACAUUGGUCUAAUCCCCGAGGCUGACGUUCUGCAGUGGAUAGCGUCAGCAAAGGGGAUCAAAGGAGAUGUGGAGGCAUUACUGGUAGAAGCAACAAGAGAAAACAUGUGGUGCCUCAAAUGUUGUCCGAAUGUUUCUCAGCGUUACAAGCUAGGCAAGGAAUCCAAAGUGAAGACGGCUAGUGUCAUUAGGCUCAAAGACAGCGGCAGACAGUAUAUGACAAUAGAAGUGGCACAGUACGCACCUCCUUUGAAAUUUGGGUACAAUUUCUCUCAAGGUUACGUGGCUUUUGAUUCAAGAGCAGAGAUCUUUGAGGAGAUCAUGAAAGCGUUGGCCGAUCCUUGCAUUAAAAUGAUUGGUCUAUACGGACCAGGCGGUGUUGGCAAGACCACAAUGGCAAUAGAGGUUGGCAAGCUAGCAAAGCAAAAUGAGCUAUUUGAUGAUGUUGUGAUGGCAACUAUCUCCCAAACCCUGAAUGAGAAAGCUGUUAAAGAAAAACUUGCGCUCCAAUUGGGACUAACACUAGAUGGACACGCAUAUCAACUAUAUCAUAGAUUGAACAAUGGGGAAAGGAACCUCGUAAUAUUGGACGACGUUUGGAAACCACUUGAUUUGGCGGACAUUGAAAUUCCAAUUACUGAUGGUAAUAAGGGCUGCAAAGUUGUGAUAACAUCACGGAAAAGAGAGCCCAGGGAUGCACGGUCAUGCUUCUUGCUCUGCUCUUUGUUUCCAGAAGAUGCUGAGAUUUCAAUUGACGAAUUGGUGAGAUAUAGCAUUGGGAUGGGGUUACUUGAUGAAAACCUAAAUAUAUUUGAUGAAGUAAGAGAUAGAGUACUUGCGAUGGUUGAUGUCCUCAAAACAUCUUGUUUGUUGUUAGAUGACACACAUGAAAGUGUGGUCAAAAUGCAUGAUAUUAUUCGAGAUGUUGCUAUAUCGAUCGCAGAAGAUGAGAAAAGAUAUCUAGUAAAACAUGGUAUCGAGAAGUGGCCAGAGAAAAGCAAAUAUGAACACUACUCGGCAAUCUCAUUAAGGUUCACUGCAACUAUUCAUGAGUUUCCCAAUGAGUUGGACUGUAGAGGACUCCAUACCUUGGUGUUAAAGUGCGACAAUGACUCACCAACAGAUUUUCCAAACAAUUUUUUCAAUGGAAUGGAAAACAAUCUUGAAGUCCUAGAUCUGAGUGAAAUGCCUAUAAAGAGCCUGCCAUCAUCACUUCUGACAUUAGUUAAGCUUCGGAUGUUAUGUCUAAAUGUCGGCCGAUUGAUGAGAGACAUAGCUUUAUUGGAGAGUUUAAGGAACCUUGAGAUACUUUGUUAG